UAGGAAAAAUAUAGGUAUUGUGUACAAUAAGUUGUUAAAUGCAUAUAUAUAAUUAAUGCUUAAAGGUAAGCUGAAGUUAAAUAUAAAACAAAGUCAGAAAAACAAUUCGCAGUGUCCUGAAUAAUUUAACAAUGGAAAUAUCCGGCGACGAAAGGAAAUUGCCCGUAGUCACUAGACACGGGAACGACCAGCAUUUUGUCGCAAUUGUUAACAGUAUGCUUGAUUGCCUUGGUGAGAGUGAUGAAUCGUUGCGCAGUAUGAUUGAAGUCUCUUUGAUACGGAUCGCUAGACGAAGGCAUGACGAAAUUUUAGAAGUAUUUUGUGAUUAUCGCAAAAAGCACUCAAAGCUCAGUGAAGCACAAACUGAAAUUAUAUUAAGAGUUAUCGAGUAUGUAGCUAUUAAUCUAAUUGACCAGAUAAGUCAUGAAACAGCAUCCAAGUGCGUUGAAUAUAGCGUGAACGAGAUAACACAAUCAUCAGAUCAGCAGCCAGCGGUUCAAUCUCCCUGUCAAGAAAUCUUAGUGUCAAUAGGCAGGCGUUUCGGCAAAGAUGUAAUGGAUGCAUUAACAAAACAUGUUCAAGAGCAUCAAGUAGCUCAUUUCAUGAUACUGUACUCGAUGGGAUCGUUAGCUACAGCCAAUGUGAUGGAGAUCAUUUCUUUAAUUAAGCCAAUUAUGGGUUACAUUCUUCCUACACUAUCAACAAUUAAGCAAGACUAUGCUCGACAAUCUUAUGCUUUUGCGAUCGGUAGAUUUUGUGAAGCCUUUUGCGAAUAUAGAGAACACCAACGACUGCAUCCUAAAGAAGAAACACCAAUGAACACAGGGAUCACAUACGAUAUAUCCGACGAAGUGGGUAUAGCGUAUGAUUUGUUUCAAGCGCAAUGGCUCUCUUCACGUGAACCCAAAGUUUCAUAUGCAGUACUCAAUGCGCUAUCAUAUAUGUAUCCAUUAUUGUCAGUAGAGAAAGUCAACGACGGCUUAUUAAAAGUGAUUCCAAACACACUUGCACUUUACCGUCGUAGUGUUGAUCGAAGUGUUGUGACCCAAUAUUUAGCUGCGAUAAUUAAAACAGUUCAAGAGCUAAACGCGACUCUGUUAUCAGGGUUAUCCGAUAAUGUGAUAGCAACAUUAUUUGACUUGGUUUGUGUAAAUCCAGACUACGAGAAACCUCAAACAGUAAAGGGCCAUUACGAAGUUCUACGAUGCUUCGAUUUACUUGCCAGUAGCUAUGGUGACAAAAUAGUUGAUAUUUUACUAAUUCAUCUUCGUAGUAACAAUGAACGUGAAAGAAUCAAAUCGUUACUUGUUGUAACUCAUCUCACCAAUACAUCAGAGUAUGUGAUUAGUGCAAAGAAAAACGAAAUAAUUGUCAUUCUCAAAACUAUGUUAAUUACUGAACGUUCUAUUAAACUUAAAAUGGUUUUGUUGAAAACCAUUGUAGCAUUCAUGCAACGCGAUUUGGUACAUGAUAGAGAAUUCAUCGUUUUUUUAAUCAAAGGAAGUUGUCAGCUAAACAAAUUUAAUACGGAAUAUGGUAGCAGCGAGGAAUAUCAAGAAUUUGUCACAGCAUGUAACAACACAAUGUUCAUACUGUCCUCGACAAUCGGAACAAUGGAUGAUCUUUUGAAGAUCGAACUACUACAAAGUUACUUGAGGUUUGAGUACACUGAAAUAUGUAGUACAAUUGCCAAAUGUUUGGCUAAUCUACUAAGCAAGGAUCCCGAAAUAAUACGUAUCGCAGAUCGCCGCAAUCCAUUUGAUGAAAAUGAACCAUCAGAAAACAUUAGACCUCCUAGUGGGAUUUCUAUUUUCGUACGUUCUCUGGCUCUAUUGGGAAAUUUCGACGAGACACUUCGCGUUCAAAAUAUUUUGUCCUUCCUGAAGAGUUACUCGUCAAAUGUAUAUAAACAUUUAACACCGCUAUGGAAUGAAAAAUUGGAAUCCAUUUUAUUAGAAAUUAGCAGUUCAGUCGGCUUGGAUCGAAAACGAUACGAUACACUAUUGUGUGAAUUUCUUCAGGCUACUAUCAAAGACGUUGACGAGUUCCAAUUCAUAGAAGGAUUGAUUGCUGAGAUUUUUCAACAGCUACCACUAUAUCAGCAGAUUACACCAGGCGCAAAUCAGACACAGUUGGAGUUUAAGAUACCUUCCUUAGAUCUUGAAAAACGAAUGCUCGUCAAGGUUCUAGGUGUAUGUCUAUGUUACUCGAUGGAUGAACACUUAAUAACGAACAAAAUAGACCUUAUUAUUGGAUUAGCCAAAACAGAAAAGAUGGAGAAGAAUGCCUGCAAUGAAUUAUUAGUGAAUGAUUAUGCGCAAUCGCUUGGAUAUGUGUCGGUUGAACAUACUGAUAAAGUGAUGAAAAAGCUAAUUAAUUUGGCAAUUUCCGACAGCACAGUAAAAAAAUCUGGUAGUUUUUUUUCGAAUCUCAAUUUCAUCAAGGAUUCCAAUAAGGAAACAGAAAACUUCAAGGUCAAGGUGUUGGUUUUACAGGCACUGAGUUUCAUAGCUGUUAUGGCUCCACAAGAAAAAGUUAUUCAUCUUUUUGAUGAAUCAAUCAUCAAAUAUUUAACAACACAGUUCGAGAAUAAAGAGCUAUUUAUCAGAAAGCUUAUUCUAAACAUAUUUUUACGAUUGGCUGACAUUCUUCUAAAAUAUCCAAAUGAUAUAGCAGACGAUCGAAUGAACACCUUUAAAAACAAAAAUGAUCUCUUGAAAAUAUGUAUGAAUAUUACUUGCGACUCUAAAAAUGAGUACCUUCCUAUGUUUCCGCUCAUUCUGAAACUGUCAACAUUACUGAUAAAACUGAAUUCUGAUGAUGAGAAUGUAGAUGUAAACGGCUUACUCAAUUCUGCAUGUUACUAUUUUUUUACAACAGCCCAAAGCCUUAAAAGCAAGUUUGAUUCAAUCGAAGAAGAUAAUCGAAAUAGUUAUUUAGCCAAAUAUCUAAAUAAAUCAUUGCCUGAACUCAAUGAGUUCAUAAAAACGAUUCUCAAGCGUCAAAAUGGAUCGCCUGCAUGUCUUGAUGAUAUCAACUCGAUACUGGAGAUUUGGCUUAAAGACCGAAACAACGAGGUACGCAUUUGCGCGGGGCAUGUUUAUAAUAACACACUGGAUGUGUACAUGCACUCGAUGAAGAUUGGGUGCGAGGCGCCGUCCAAGUUUAAUCAAACUGGUAGUUUGCUCGGAAAAAUAGUUCCUCGUUGCAUAGAUUCUAAUGCUACUGUUCGACAGACGGCUAUUGAAAUUUUAAAGAAAAUAUUGGAGAUCGCUUGCAUAUACGAAACAUUAACCAUCGCUGAUACCCGGAAUGAUUGGGUCAAAGACCUGGAUCAGAUAAGGGAUGAAAUAAUAACAAACGAUCGAAAAGAUAUGUACAGAAUUGCUAGCCAAUUGGCAGGCAUUAUAGCUCAACGCCUUUCUAACUAUCAGUACGUGCAAUUUACCAAAUGCUUAUUAUAUAGUUUAAAUGAUACGGAACAAAGCUCCGUAAUAGGAGCAUCUGUUGUUCUCAAGUUUUUCGUGCAGAUCAAAGGAGCAGAAAUGUUUCACGCAAUUCCAGAUCUCGUCAAAGAAUGUCUUUUUGCUAUCAAAAAAUGUGAAAUUCCUAAAGCUAGAACCGGAGUUCUUAAGUCAAUGCUGGCACUUACCAAACAUCAUCCAAAGCUUGUAUGUAACGAGGUUCUAUCCCAAAGCUUGCCGUUUGAAGAUAACGUGAUUGACUAUUGGCGAACAAUUACAUUGGAUGCGGAACUUACUGGAAUUAUAUUAGAUAAUUUCAUUGGUACCAUCACAACUUCUUGUUUAUAUGAGCAACAACACCAAGAAAAGCAGAAAGAAGAUUCUCAAAAAGCUGUUACCCUACUGCCAUUCGCCAUCAUUUGCGUUCUAAAUGAAAUGUUUAAAAGCCAAGACAUCAAAGUCAAACUUAAAGAACGAUUCACUGAAAUAUUUUGUAUGUUGCUAUCAACACUGGCUACUUAUAUAAAUUUACUACCACCUUGCAACCACGUAAUUCCUCAAGAUGCAGGGAAUGUUACGAUACCAAGAAAUAUGAAACGUGGUAAAUCUUCUACUCCUAAUAACACUAAGCUUAAUCCAUGCCAAAUUGCACUAGAUACGUUCAAAGCUUUUUUGGAGACCCUAGAAAUGCAUCAAAUCUUCAACGUUUUAAACGUAUGCGCCGACUUAGGAUCCAGUACUGAUUUACAUAGUUUCAUAGAAAUACUUACCCCAUUAAGUAUAGCAACAGCCGGAGAAGUUGGUAUAAACUCUACUAUUAUGAAACAAAUCGUUACCACAUUAAGCAAAUACGUGAGUAGUCCAUAUGAUACACAACGAGUUGCCUCAACUGGAUUUUACUCACAUCUGGUACCUUUGAAACCUUGUGGAGAAAUUUCAUCGGUUAUUAUGCUGCAUUUGAACUCAUCGCUUAAUGAUCCAAAUCCACUUGUUCGAGGAUUGAGUAUUCGAGGUAUGGCGUAUUUAUGCAGUUUAACCGAACAUGAUAUUGAUAAAUAUUCUGAAAUGUGUCUAACUGCUUUGUUAAAAGGAAUUGAUGACUAUAAUCAAAAUUGUUUCAUUAAUAUUCCGUUGGAUAGUAUGCUUGGGCUUUCGAAAAUAUUACAGACACUUCCACAGGAUAAGUUCGACAUGUUUCAAGUAUCACUAGCGAUUCGAAUAAAACCAUUUUUUGAAAAUACCUCAAUCGAAUUGCGGGAGUCAGCUAUCUUGCUUUUUGGAAAUAUUUGUCACCCUAACCAGAACGUACUGAAUCAAAUAAAACCAAAAGAGGAAGCUUCGAGUAAUAUUAUCAAUGGAACGGUUUCUGAAUCAUUGGUUGAGCAAAUAAAAUCAAAUUUGUGCUCGAUUUUAUUACAUCUGUGUGAGGAGAACAAUCGAAUUUCAAGGGCAUGUAAGAUUACCAUGAAAAGCAUGUGUGCGAUAUUGGGUACAACAAAGAUAAAUCAAUUGACGCAGAACCAUUUGUUGGAGCAUGGGCAGCUGCAUUAUGGCAAUUUUGUGAAAGAGUUCACAAAACUAAUCGGCGAAGAACUUCCGGAUUCCAUUAGCGAUUUCAUCGAUUCGUGUAUACCUUUCUUACGAAGUCAUUGGCCAGAAAUUCGAGGAAACACAACAGUUUUAAUUGGGUUAUUACACACGAAAAAUCAAUCGAGUCAACAUAUGGACGCUAUUGGCUAUAAAAUUUCACUUCUACUGAAGGAUGAAGAAACUAGCGUGAAAGUAAAGGCUUCAGAAGCCCUUGGCUAUAUUUAUGGUGAUAGGAUAAGUGAAUCUUGAUUUACGAAAUCUUCGUAAUAUGUUGUAUUUAUGUUUAAAAAUCGGGUUAUAUUGUGAUCAGAAAUAUACUGCGACUGAAUAUAGGUGAUGUUACUCAUUUUAUUAACUAAAAAUAUAUCGACCAUGAAAAUGCUAAUUCAAUAAAAUAACUAAACAAAUGGGAAA